AGUGCUGAGAUUACAGGCGUGAGCCACUGUGCGUGGUCCUAGACUAAAUCCUAAAACGACCUGGUCUUGUCUUAGUUCACUAAGGGGGAAACUGAAGUUCAGAAAUGGGAAGUAACUUUUUGAUGGUCACAAAGCUGGUUAGUAGCAAAGCAGAUAACUUUAGUGAGGCUAUCAGCCAAAAAGUCGAGGAUUUUUUUUUUUCUAUCUUGUGCUUCCAAAAUUUGUUUUAUUUAGUUGCAAAACAUAUACAAAUUAUAAAUGUUUUAGGUUUUAUUUGAUCAGCGGUUUGGCUUAGGAGUCAAGGAGAUUAAAACGCCAGUCCUGGUUCUACCACUGGCCACAGGAUCUUGGGGAAGUCACCUCCCUGUCCUGAGCCUGUUUCCCCGUCUGUCAUAGAAGGGAGUUGGACUAGAUCGCUCUAAAAUCUCUUCCAGCUCUGUCAUGCUGCAAUUCUCAGCAAGUCCAGAGCUCAAAUUACGCAUUUGCUGAAGACCUUCCGUUAAAUUCCAGUCGGGCAGCCGUAUCCCCUCCUUGAAGACGGCGCUGCUACUUUCAUUGAGUGGAACCGAGUUAAAGUAGAUUCAGCAAUUUCCAGCCCAGGGACUUGUGUGGCUUCUCCACCCAGCAGCAGCCGGAGCCUUCUGACCCCGUGGGGCCCUGGAACCCAUGAAUCAAAAUAGUUGUGUGAUGUCAUGUCACAAUGGGAAUGUGCUCUGGCCAAUUGGUGCCAAGAAUUGUCUGCCCAGGGUGGUUUCCUUUUACAGUCUGUUUAAAGAGACAUCAUGCACGGCUGCACAUGACUUGCAGGCUUGUGCCUCCUUUGCCUAUCUGGUCUUCCCUCCUUUUUUUUAAUUUUAAGGAGAAAAAAAAAAAAAAGCCCUGGAGAGUAUCAGUGAGCAGCUGACCUUAACUACAUCAACAAAUCCCCUGCGAAGUUCUGUUUGCGCUUCCGGCAGCUUCUUGCUACUUAAGGACAGCCGAGCUGACGCUCCAGCUGCUGUGGCCGGAGGUGCAGCCCCGUCAGGACGGCUCCACUCCCUGGCGCCUCACAGACUCUGGGGCUGCGGUGAGGUCGCUCUGAAGACCCCCUGGUGAGGACGCUUGGACCCGGGUUGUCACCUGAGCACAGGCUGCCACUGUGAGCUUUUGGGGUGCCCCGUGCCUGUCGGGCUGAUGCUCCUCUGGCUCCCUGCCACCUGGGGCUGACACCGGUUCUGUGGGUCCUGAUAUGUUCACCUGUCGCCACUCCUGUGGCCACAGCUACCCAUGAGGCGCUUUGGGAGUCUCAGGAGCAACAAGAAACACAAGGACCAAAAUCGAAGCACGGAGAGGCGCCAGUCGGAGCCCCAUGGCCUUUUCGCCUCCGGCCUCUCCUCCUCUCCGUCAACACCCACCCAAGUGACCAAGCAGCACACAUUUCCCCUGGAAUCCUAUAAGCACGAGCCUGAACGGUUAGAGAAUCGCAUCUAUGCCUCGUCUUCCCCUCCGGACACAGGGCAGAGGUUCUGCCCGUCUUCCUUCCAGAGCCCGACCAGGCCUCCACUGGCAUCACCGACACACUAUGCUCCCUCCAAAGCCGCGGCGCUGGCGGCGGCCCCGGGACCCGCGGAAGCCGGCAUGCUGGAGAAGCUGGAGUUCGAGGACGAAGCAGAAGACUCAGAAAGUGGUGUUUACAUGCGAUUCAUGAGGUCACACAAGUGUUAUGACAUCGUUCCAACCAGUUCAAAGCUUGUCGUCUUUGAUACUACAUUACAAGUUAAAAAGGCCUUCUUUGCUUUGGUAGCCAACGGUGUCCGAGCAGCACCACUGUGGGAGAGUAAAAAACAAAGUUUUGUAGGAAUGCUAACAAUUACAGAUUUCAUAAAUAUACUACAUAGAUACUAUAAAUCGCCUAUGGUACAGAUUUAUGAAUUAGAGGAACAUAAAAUUGAAACCUGGAGGGAGCUUUAUUUACAAGAAACAUUUAAGCCUUUAGUGAAUAUAUCUCCAGAUGCAAGCCUCUUCGAUGCUGUAUACUCCUUGAUCAAAAAUAAAAUCCACAGAUUGCCAGUUAUUGACCCUAUCAGUGGGAAUGCACUUUAUAUACUCACCCACAAAAGAAUCCUCAAGUUCCUCCAGCUUUUUAUGUCUGAUAUGCCAAAGCCUGCCUUCAUGAAGCAGAACCUGGAUGAGCUUGGAAUAGGAACGUACCACAACAUUGCCUUCAUACAUCCAGACACUCCCAUCAUUAAAGCCUUGAACAUAUUUGUGGAAAGACGAAUAUCAGCUCUGCCUGUUGUGGAUGAGUCAGGAAAAGUUGUAGAUAUUUAUUCCAAAUUUGAUGUAAUUAAUCUUGCUGCUGAGAAAACAUACAAUAACCUAGAUAUCACAGUGACCCAGGCCCUUCAGCACCGUUCACAGUAUUUUGAAGGUGUUGUAAAGUGCAAUAAGCUGGAAAUACUGGAGACCAUUGUGGACAGAAUAGUGAGAGCUGAGGUCCAUCGGCUGGUGGUGGUAAAUGAAGCAGAUAGUAUCGUGGGUAUUAUUUCCCUGUCGGAUAUUCUGCAAGCCCUGAUCCUCACACCAGCAGGUGCCAAACAAAAGGAGACGGAAACAGAGUGACCACCGUGAAUGUAGACGCCCUAGGAGGAGAACUUGAACAAAGUUUCUGGGUCACGUUUUGCCUCAUGAACACUGGCUGCAAGUGGUUAAGAAUGUAUAUCAGGGUUUAAUGAUGGGUAUUUCUUCCAGUGAUGUUGGAAUUAAGCUUAAAAAAGAAAGAUUUUAUGUGCUUGAAGAUUCAGGCUUGCAUUAAAAGACUGUUUUCAGACCUUUGUCUGACGGAUUUUAAAUGCUGUAUGUCAUUAAAGUGCACUGUGUCCUGAAGUUUUCAUUAUUUUUCAUUUCAAAGAGUUCACUGGUAUGGAACAGGUGAUGCGACAUAAGGUGAGUGCACGGCAUGUUCAGAUCACAGUGCCUUAUGUCCGAAUACAGCAAUAUGUCACCUCCGCAGCCGGGGCGCACACGUGCGAAGCCACACCGAGCUUGAAUGUGGAAGUCUUUGAACCUUUUACCAAAUCAGUUUGUUUUCAUUAGAUUUGUCAAAAAGUUGUCAUUUGAAUAUAACGAAUGACUUUAAAACUGUAAUGACACUUUUACACGUAAGUGUUUCGUUCCGGGCUACCGUGUCAACGAGGCUGCUUUACAACAGCUUUAUUUAGUUUUACUUUCAUGCCAUUUUUUUACACAUCUUUUGGUGGGGUAAACUUCACCACACCCAUGAAUAAACUCUCAGUUAUUUUGAAAUGGCAAAUUUCUCAUGAUUUAAGUUUGGAUCUGGAAAGGACAUGACUUCUGGAACAGCCGCUGCCGGGUGUUCAAAGCUGAGGCCUCUCAAAACGUGUGGGAGACGUUGCCGUCAGGCGGGAGCCAAGUGCCGGGAAGAUGUCUAUUUUUUUUCUUGUGUAUUAAAAUGUAAAAUCAUGAUGUUUGUAUGACUGCCGAUGCGAUUGUGUUUGUAAAUUUUAUUGUGGCAUAUACAGUAUUGUCAUACAGUUGAAGAGAAACAAUGUUUCCUAAUGUAAGUGCUCUGAAAAUGUUGACACUGUAUAUAUAUAUAUGAGGAUAGUUUGGGUUUUUUUUGUUUUUGGGUUUUUUUUUCAGAUUGAAAAAUUAAAAUAAAUCCUACUAUCUACCAUUUUGUUAAA